AUGGACACCGGUUACCUGUCUCAGCAGGUCAACACCAUUAUCGACCAGCUGCACGGUCUGUUUGAUGAGAUUGGCGUUCCCAACCAUGAUCGCGAGAAGCGCGAGGAAGCCCUCUUCGAGGCCCUUUCCAAGACCCUCACCGAUCAGGUACACAUCGUGACCAGCGAAAAAGAGGACAUGAUUGAGGAAGCCGAGCGCAUCAUCACCACGAUUCAACAAAUGGAGACAUCGCUCGACGACAGCCGCGCCCGUCGUGGCCCAAAUGAAGACCUUCAGAUCACAUAUCCCCUGACGCGCUGUUUGCAAACGCUCAAGGAGAAGCAUAAGCAGAUUGCCCGCUUGCACAGGGAGCGUUUCGAGCAGGUCAAGAAACUUGUCGAAGCCCUGGAAUCAUACUCGUCCCACCUCGAAGCGACGUUUGUCCAGAUUCCCCUACCCCCCACCGGUCCGAACCAGUCCAUCCCGCCCAACUUCGAUCUGUCACCCGCCUACGUGGACAGGCUCGACCGUGAGUUCACGAGGGUGUAUGAAGAGUACACUCGCCGCAUCGCCACGGUCAAGUCCGUGUGCGAGAACAUCAUCCAGCUCUGGGCCGAGCUGGGUACUCCUCAAGCCCAGACCGACAGCGCCAUUGUCAAAAACUACCGCGACUCGCCCGAACAGUUGGGCCUGCACCAGGAGGAUCUCGACCGACUCAAGGCGAAACGCGACAAGCUGUCGGACGAGAAGAAGAACCGCGAGAAGCGCCUGAAGGACCUCAAGGCGGCUGUCGAGGCCCUCUGGGAGAAACUUGAGGUGGACAUGGGCGAGAGGAAGGCCUUCCUCAACAGCAACCGGGGCUGUGGUGUGAGGCAGAUUAACGAGUUCGAAGACGAGCUGAACCGCUUGAACGAGUUGAAGCGACAGAACCUGCACUUGUUCGUCGAAGACGCCCGCUACAAGCUGCAGGAGUUGUGGGAUGCUCUGUAUCUCUCCGAGGACGAGAUGCUCGAGUUUACCCCCGCAUUCUCCGACGUGUAUAGCGACGCCCUUCUCGAGGCCCACGAGCGCGAGAUCCAGAGACUGGAGGUUCUCAAGGAGCAGCGCGCGCCGACACUCGAGCUCAUCGACAGGCACAAGAGCCUGACCCAGGAGCGGGACGAGCUGGCAGCAUCCAGCCAGGACGCCUCUCGUCUGAUGAUGCGAGGGCAAAAGGGCGAGAAGCGCGACCCUGGCAAGCUACUCAGGGAAGAAAAGAUGCGUAAGCGCAUUGCCAAGGAGCUCCCCAAGAUCGCCGCCGAUCUGCGCAAGACGCUGGAGCGCUUCGAGGACGAGUACGGACGACCGUUCCUCGUCCACGGCGAGCGAUACCUGGAUGUCCUCGAGGGAGAAGGCAGACCGGCCCCCGGCCCGCGAUCCAAGACGCCCGGCGUCGCAGCGACUCCGGCGUCCACCACGAGACCCAAGGGACAUGCCAGGGCCAACAGCACGACCGGCACGGCCAGACCUCCAACGCGGAACGGCGCCAGGACGCCGGCUCCUACGCCUGCACCCAUCUCAAUCAAGCGCUCCAACACCAACAACAGCAUGACCAGCACAAGCCAGACCAGGCCCGUCUCUGCACAUGCAAAAAGCCAGGAAAUACUCCGCCCGGGUUCUGCCAUGGGCUCCGUUAGAGAGCGGGCGCAGACUCUCAACAGGCCGCCGGGCAGCCCUUCAAGAAUCCCGGCGCGCCCCCCGCUGGCGAACCUCAAGUACGGCAACACCUCUCCCGAGAGACCGGCUUCUCGGAUCGACGCGUACGCAACGGUCCGCGGUGGGGGUCAAAUGCGUGCUCCCCCGCCAAGGAUGCGGGAUCUGAACACGGUGGAGCUCGAGAUACCCGCGAACCCGUACAAGUCGGCGGGACUGAGUGGCAGCAUUGUGCGGCAGGUCGAGCUGGAAGACCCAUAUGAUGAUGACUGCCAGCAUUCGUCUCUGAUGAGAGCCAACUCAACCUUAUCGCACGCAUCACAUGCCUCGCAUGCCUCGCACGCCUCGCACGCAUCGCAUGCGUCGUACGCUUCCAAGAGCUCUCAUCACUCGGCCGGUUCUUCUCAGCACGAAUACCACUCUUCGACCCUACGCCAAUACCCUGCCUCCUCAUAUCACCAAGCGCCGCCACCCCGACAGAUCUCCAACUCUUCCAACGGAUCUAGCAACGUGACUGGCUCGGAGAACUGGGAAACGUACGACGACGCCAGCGAGCCUGAACAAGACGUCACGGACACGUACUACGCCAAGGUGCGGGCGGCCCGCGGCAAGCCCAUGGAGCUGGAAGGGGGGUACCGACCGCCGGCGAUUGAUCCCAAGAGACAGCGGCCUUUCCCGAUGACGGCACCUGGCGGGCAUGUGUACAGCGACGGCGAGGGCAACCGCAUCAUCUCGGGCAGCGAGUGGACAGACGAAGACGGAUACUGA